AUGGCGCAGGGUGGGCAUGGUCGAGAAGCCGGCGCCGAUCUGGAGAAUGGCGGCGACGGCAGCGGAGGGGAGAGGGCUCUGGAGGCGACAACCGCUACCCCGUUGCUGCUGAACCCGACCUACUCGCGCUCCAAGUCGAUAGUCUCGGACGAGCUGCGCAACAUCAGGAUCAGCCUGAAAUGGUGCGGGCUGGACCACUCUUCCUUCUCCGGGAAGGUGGUCUCCUACGUCGCCUUCGCGGUGCUGGGUCUCGCCCUCCCCCUCGCCACUUAUCUGGCCGUGCAGGACCCGGAGUCGACAGCCAUCACCUCCGCCAACAAGCUGGUGCAGCUGCCGGAGACGGCCCUCGCGGCCAUCUCCUUCUUCACCCUCUCCGGCUUCUUCCAGCGCCAGGGGCUGCGGCAGCUCCUCCUCCUGGACGGCCUCCGGGAGGACUCGGUCUACGUGAGGCGCAGGUACAACCACGAGCUCGACAGGGCCUCCAAGUACCUGGCCUUCAUCCUCCUCCCCUCCCUCUCCGUCGAGGUGGUCCACAAGGUCCUCUUCUUCUCCACCGUCUCGGCAUCGGCGCCGUACCUGCCGGGGGAGCUCCCGUGGAACACGCUGUGUUUCCUCUCCACCGUGGCGUCCUGGGUCUACCGCACCGGCGUUUUCCUGCUGGUCUGCGUGCUGUUCCGGCUGACCUGCGAGCUGCAGAUCCUGAGGUUCGAGGGCUUCCGGAAGCUGCUGGAGGGAUGCGAGUCCGACGCCGGCGACAUCUUCAGGGAGCACAACCGUAUAAGGAGGCAGCUGCUGGUGACCAGCCACAGGUACAGGAUCUUCAUCAUCGGUUGCUUCGUCACCAUCACCGUCAGCCAGCUGGGGGCUCUCCUGCUCGUGCUCUCCUCCAGGUUUGAGAGCAAUUUCGUCAACUCCGGCGAUCUCCUGGUAAGCAAGCCGCCCCGCCGAGCGAUCUCCUUCCUUGAUCGAAUCCGUAUGGCUGCCUUACCUUGCUGAGCGAGGAGAUGUUGCGUUGUCGGGGGGCAGGUGUGUUCGGUCGUGCAGCUGAGCGGGCUCCUCAUGUGCUUGCUGGGCGCCGCGAAGAUCACGCACAGGGCGCAGAGGACGGUCGCUGUCGCCGCGCGCUGGCACGUUCUCAUGACCUACCCGUCGAACUCCGGGCUCACGGCCGCGCCGGCGAAGAGCGUGCCGCCGACGGCGGGCCAGUACGACGCCGCCGCCGCGGAAGUCCGCAAGGCCCUAGGUAAUAACACCGCCGCCAAGACCACCACCACCACCACCGCAUAAGCAGCAUCACCACCGAAAUACCUACAAUCUCUAAUCUGGGCGUGUGGUUGAUUCUUGAUGCUUUGAUUGCAUGGAACUCCGGGGGGCGGCGGCGGCGGUGCAGUGGUGUACCUGGAGCACAACAGCCGAGGGAUCACGGUGUUCGGAUUCGCCCUCGACCGGGGGCUGCUCCACACGCUCUUCGCCUUCGAGAUGUCCCUCGUCCUCUGGAUCCUCAGCAAGGUCGUCGUUCUCUCCUGA